AUGUCUCUUGCUGAUGAACUUUUAGCUGAUCUAGAUGAGCUCGAUGACGACCCAACUUUUGAAACGUCAGAGAUCGACAUAAAAGAUGAUCCUGAUAAAAUGGAAACUGACAAUCUUGACUUCACGACUGAUCAUAAUAACAUCCACCGCCUUCUUCACUCCCAAAAACUUGAUGAUAUAAAGGAAGCUAUUGACGUAUUUUCUAAAAAGCCUGCAGAAUCGAUAGGUCCUGUUGAAAAUCAUCCCGAGUAUAAUCUCAUUGUUGAUUCCAAUAAUAUGGCUGUUGAAAUUGACAAUGAGAUAUUCUUCCUUCACAAGUACAUAAGAGAUUUGUACAACGAACGAUUCCCUGAGCUGGAAUCACUCGUGUUAAACCCAAUGGAUUUCAUCAAAACUGUAAACUAUCUGAAUAACGAUUUGCAUAAGAAUAAGUUUGAUACCGAAACACUUAACUUCCUGCCCUCAGCUACUGUGAUGGUAGUGAGUGUAACUGCUGCCACCACACAAGGAAAGCCCUUAGAAGAGGACCAGGUUAGCAAACUAACUGAGGCUUGUAAAGCUGCAUUUGAGCUUGAAGAAAUCAGACAAUCAGUGCUCCAGUAUGUUGAAUCUCGUAUGGCUAUGAUAGCACCUAACUUGUCUCGUAUUAUCGGCACUACAGUCGCCACUAAGCUAAUGGGUCAGGCUGGUGGUCUAACUGCUCUUUCGAAGAUGCCUAGUUGCAAUGUGCAAGUUUUGGGUCAGACCAAGAAAACUCUCUCUGGUUUCAGUUCAUCUCAAGCUAUGCCCCACACAGGAAUAUUGUUUUAUUCAGAUUUAGUGCAGGUAUUGCCUAAAGAAUAUCGCAGAAAAGCAGCCAAACUAUUAGCUGCAAAAUGCACCCUUGCUGCUAGGGUAGACGCUUCUCAUCAAUCAAGCGACGGUUCAAUCGGGCAGCAGUUCCUGGACGAGGUCAACCUGAAGAUAGAGAAAAUGCAGGAAGCUCCUCCCUCGAUUAGAAACAGAGCAUUACCCAGACCAGACGAUGAACCUCGCAAGAAACGUGGUGGUAGAAGAGUGAGGAAAAUGAAGGAGAAAACUGCUGUCACAGAACUGAGGAGGCGAGCAAAUAGGAUGAACUUUGCUCAACUUGGAGAUGAUGCGCUGCAGGAUGAUCUUGGGUUCUCUCUUGGUAACAUAGGAAAAGCCGGUUCUGGUAAGGUCAGAGGUGCUGUUAUUGAUAAGAAGACUGCUCUGACGUUAUCGAAGAAAGUACAACGAAAGAUCCAGAAGGAUCAAGCCAUAUACGGAGGGAAGUCAACCGUGAGACAACAAAUGUCUGGGAGUGGGACCGCUUCAAGUAUUGCCUUUACACCUCUCCAGGGGCUAGAGAUCGUGAAUCCUAGUGCUGCCGAGGCAAAGGCUGCGGGGUCGAAGUCUCAGAAUUAUUUCUCAGCUGGGUUUGGAUUCACGAAAAAUUCUCUCGCUAAGGGCUGA